UUGAUUUUUUUUACCUGUUCUAAAAUGGCGACCGUAAACAAAGCCGUGGAGAGUGGUGUACUGGACAGAGCUUGGCCUUGGUUAUAAUGCCCAAACCUCGAAUAUACUGUAUAGAAAAGAUCAUUAACUGACCAUGGACAAAAUGUAUGAAAUCUUCAUCACCGCCGCCUUUCUCGUCUCAGGUCUGUAUGCAGAGCAAUGCUACACGAACUCAGGAGGCGUAUACAGUGCCGGAAGUAUAUACCGGAACCUGAAGUACUGCGCUUUUGGUUGCUGCGGACCUGCCCUGAAUCGUUACUGCUGUCCAAUCAUCGGACCAAUCAUCGGGAUUUGUCUGGGAGCCAUUGCUUUCAUCGUUAUUCUCAUUGUAAUCAUCGUCUGCUGUAGAAAAUAUGCCGAAAAACAAGCCAGACGCCGUGCAGAUUUAAAAAUACAUAUAGGUCCUACAUUGGCUAGCCGUUAUGAUCCGCCCCAAUAUGAUGCCGAAUCUAAUCACCCAAACAGCAGACAAGACUAUCAGUUAAAAUCACACUCUGUCCGGGAUGCAUCUUCACAUCGCAUGUACGAUGAACGGUCAGAUGACAUCGAUUAUCGCCCUCAUCGCAAAAAAGACAUAGAUGAUCCACACCACUCACGUGACGAUGCUCGACUUGUUAACAGUCGUAACAGCUACAGAAAUGAGAAAAGGUCGUCAAAGAGGUCAGAAGCACAUAGCCAUAGUAAUCGUCGCGGGUACCAUAGCGACGAUGAUCGGCGAAACGAUUAUCGCGAUAGUCAUCGUGGACGACAUCACCAUAGCUAUGAUCGUGAAAGAGAACGUUACUACAGUCGAUCUCGGGAGCGAUACAUGGAUCGUAGUUUUGAUGACGAUGAUUACUCUGAUGAAGAAAGGAAUAGACGAUCUAGUCAUCGGAGAUCACGAUACAGUGACCCGCCGCCGUAUCGCGAGAGAUCACGAGACUUUGAUAGGUAUGACCGCCAUUCUCAUCGCAGAUCAAGAUCAAGAGACCGUUAUUACAAUAGAUGAUUCGAACACUGCUCAUCAGGAAUCAAGAUAACCAUUAACAUGUCACCGAAUGUUUUCUCAGAUCACUCUCUAUUAAACAUGUCAUUGUAUUUGAUGUAUCAAAAUCCUGAAGCAUAAUUCCUAACAUCACUCAGUAUUAAAGUAUAAAAGUUGUGGAAGAAAAAUGCAUAGUUUGUGAACGUCAACGCAAUUUAAAAUAAAGAGUAAGUUCUUAGACUUAAUUCCGUCAUGUUCAAUAUCCCGCUUGAAUACCGUUUUAAUAUAAACAUACCUAUAUAUAGAUUAUAUGACUUGUCUACUAAUUUUAUACAAUAUUAGUUACUUGGAGUAUUUUUAAUGGUAUGCUGUAGUGUAAAUAAUUUCUCAGCAGAACUUGUCUUAAUAAAUGUUUUAACUUUGUGAGA